AAGAAUAAAGUGUCAAGUGUCUCAAGUUAAAUUCUUUCUUCCCCCGCCCUUGUCUAGAGUGAGUCAGUGGCAUCUGACUCGCUCUAUUUUGAUCUUUGCUUCUGAUCUAAAGAGGAGACUCUGUUAUCGCAGGUAUUUUAUCCCGUCUUAUGACGCAUUGCACCUGAUCAAGUGAUACAUGCAUGUGUUACUUUGUAUUUUCUGAAAAACAGUUCAUAUUGACAGAUACGUCAAAAUCCAAAGAUGCAGAAAAUGCUUUCGAGGGUUUUUCUAUGAGAGAGCUGCUUUCUGCAUGUAGCCAUUCCCGUAUUUGAGCUGUGAAGGGGGCAGAAGUGGAAGCAUUGUUGUAGAACUGCAGGAUGUCCUGAGGAAGAAGUCAGCGUUCCAUUGCAGGGGCCACUGAGCCACCCACCUGCACUCAGAGACAGAGAGGCAUGCACCAGGAGCUACGCACCUCUCACGCUCUCGUCUCCAGUGCCGUCUCCUCUGCUCACUACGUAGCUGUGAGUAUGGGUGGCAGUUGAGGGUGGGGAUUCCCAUUCCACGGACAGUCGCUGUGUUUUGCGUGACAUCCAACCAAAAUAAAUCGCCCAUGCGGAACUGGAAACUACAGAUGAUGUUGCUUUUUUUAUGGCCUCGUCACUUUUUCUUGUAUGUGAGGAGAAAAAGUGGAAGUCAAGCUCCAUUGAAUCAUUGUGUACCAGUCUGUGGCAUUAGUUCCUGAAGCUCUGGAUGAGUUUUGCUUGUCGUUAAUCUAUGCUUUAUCAUAACGAACCUGGAUAUUACUGCAAGUUAAAGGAGUUCACUUGGUAAGGCGUGAACGUCGAGGAAGUCAAUACAGAAAACAAAGACGCAAUAUUUGGCGAGAUACACAAAUCGAUCGAUACUUUGGCAUUCACCUUUGGCAAUGUAGUGUCUGACUUCCUUAUGGGAGAUGUGGACAGUGGCUCCAGGUUGGGGUACCCCCAAACCAGAAGAAGUCGAUCUUUUGAAAACCUCUCUGAAGAUUCAGGAGGCUGCAGUCAAAAGGAUCUGACAGAUCCUGCUCUGUCUCCAGAGCUGUCCACUGUGGAGCAGGUGGACCUUCUUCUGCUCAAGAAUGAGAGUGGAGUAGAGUCGGCUUUGCUCUAUGCCAAGGCCUGGUCCAAAUACACCAAAGAUGUAUUGGCCUGGGUGGAGAAACGCCUCAGCUUGGACAUGGAAUGUGCCAAAAGCUUUGCCAAGAUUGCAGAGUCCGCAAAGGCAGUGGCAAGUCAGCAGGACUUCAUGCCGUUCCGGGAUAUUUAUGUCUCUGCCUUUAAAAAUGAGAUUGAGUACAAUCAGGUUCUGCUCCAAACAGCUGCAGCUCUACAAACCAACAAAUUCAUACAGCCACUGCUGGCCCGCAGGAACGAUCUAGACAAGCAGAGGAAAGAGAUAAAGGAACAAUGGCAAAGAGAGCUUAAGAAAAUGAGCGAGGCUGAGAGCGCUUUGAAGAAGACUCGGCUGCUGAAGGUGCAGAAGAGGGAGGAGUACGAGAAGGCACGCAGCUCCACCAGCCGCACCGAGGAGGAGCAGCCCACAGCAGGAGGCAGGACUCUGGAGAAGAAACGGAGGGCGGAGGAAGAGGCCCUACAGAAGGCUGAGGAAGCGCACGAGCAGUAUAAAGCCUGUGUGGCCGAUCUAGAGGCGAAGAAGGUCAGCCUGUCAAACGCUAAGAGUGAGAUCCUCGCUCAAAUUCGGAAGCUGGUCUUCCAGUGUGACCUGACCCUGAAAGCGGUGACAGUGAACUGGUUCCAGAUGCAGCAGGCUCAGAGCCAGCCUCUCUCAGUCAACUACCAAGCUCUAAAUGAACAGGCCAAAAAGUAUGAACCAGGCCAGCGCUACUCUGAGUUCGUGUGCAGCCUGCCUAAAGAGCGUGUGUGGCUGGAGUCUCUGUCUCAGGACAUUACAGCUUCCUCAAAAACGGGAAUGUCCCUUCACAAGAGGUCUCAGAGCAGCACCCGCUCAUCCCAUGGGAACCUGUCGCAAGGCUCUGUAACUUCUGCAGAUAACCACAGCAUAGAUGGGGUUGAGGGUACCGUACAACCUUGCAAGGCCAAGAUCGCAGAGAGGCGGUCUAAUAGCAGUUUAGACAUGCAAGUGUUAAGGACGCAGGGCUCCCAGCGAGCCUGGAGCUCAGGCAGUGCCGGUGGAGGAGGGAUGUGCAGUGACUCGGAGAGUGCUGGAGGAAGCAGUGAGUCUCGCUCAAUGGACUCCCCCACAGCUAGUCCAGGGGAUUUCAAACGCAGGCUUCCCAGAACCCCCUCAACUGGUACCAUGUCUUCUGCAGAUGACCUGGAUGAGAGGGAACCACCCUCCCCAUUAGAUAAUGGCCUUGCUGAAAUGGUGAUGGAAACGGCCAGUUCUCCCGGCCCUUUUCGUAACACACAGAUGUCAAAAGCGGCACAAACUCACAAGUUGCGGAAACUGCGAGCGCCUUCCAAAUGCAGAGAGUGUGACGGGCUGGUCGUGUUUCACGGGGCUGAAUGUGAGGAGUGCUCUUUGGCCUGUCAUAAGAAAUGCCUGGAGACUCUUGCCAUUCAGUGUGGUCAUAAGAAGCUCCAGGGCAGACUGCACCUAUUCGGGAUUGACUUCGCCCAAGUAGCUAAGAACAGUCCUGACGGCAUCCCUUUCAUCAUCAAAAAAUGCACCUCAGAAAUUGAGAGUCGUGCCCUGAACAUUAAGGGCAUUUAUCGGGUGAAUGGGGCGAAGUCUCGUGUGGAGAAGCUGUGCCAGGCCUUUGAGAAUGGAAAGGACUUAGUGGAGCUUUCUGACCUCCACCCACAUGACAUAAGCAACGUGCUCAAGCUUUACCUGAGACAGCUGCCAGAGCCAUUGAUUCUGUAUCGGUAUUACAACGAUAUCAUCGGGCUGGCAAAAGAGACUAAGAACAUGAAGGAGACGAACUCAACUGAAGAGGAAUCACCAGGAGAGCAGCAGUGCCUCAGUAUUGAGCUUAAAAGUGUCCUCAUUAAAAUCGGAGACCUCCUUCGCCAGCUUCCAGUGGCCCACUACAAAACCCUGCAGUUCCUCAUCACCCAUCUGCACAGAGUGUCAGAGCAAGCUGAGGAGAACAAGAUGACCGCUAGUAACCUGGGUAUCAUCUUCGGUCCCACCCUCAUCAAGCCCAGGCAGUUGGAGGCAGAAGUGUCGCUGUCCUCUGUGGUUGACUACCCCCACCAGGCCCGCAUGGUGGACCUGUUGAUCAGGCACCACCAGAUGAUCUUUGAUGUCCCCCUCAGCCCUGUGUCUCCCACCAGUCCGUCAGCACCACAGCCAGCGCUCAGCCGCCACUUCCAAUCUCUCAUGGAUAUCAAAGAAAGUGCAAAAGUCUACAAGAGACACUCGUCUGUGAUUACCUCUACACAGCUAAUGGAGAGAGUGAAGGAGAAAGUGAAGGAGAUGAAGGCAGGGGACGAUAAAGGGCAAACUCCUGCAGGUGAGUCCUCAGAUGUCAGUGAGGUAGGCUCGGCUCCUGUAGACGUGCAGAAGUUCCCAUCUGGUGCCAGCAGCCGAGUGGUGCAACUACGUACUCAGCGCACCAAGCCAGUGUCUCGACCCAUCAGCAUGCCCGUGGAGCGACUGCUCAACGAGCGCAACAGUCGCAACACAGAAGACUGUGAACACUCACAGCCCACCAUUCAUGAGACCCCCGAACCGGACAAGCCUUCGACACUGCGCGUCACCAGCCAAUACAGAAACCCCUUCAUUGACACACAGACACUGAGGAGGACCUGGGACAGACAGUACAGGCAUUACGAUGUGACUCCCAGAACUGCAAUGAUAGUGGCCAACCUGCCUUCCUCUGGUGUGCCAAAACCGUCAGAAAUUAGCGUUGUACCCCAAAGCAGCACCAGUAGAACAAAUGGUAAAAGCCAGUCCACCGCGGCUCCGAUAUCCUUCCGAGCACCACGGACACUAAAACCCCCACCCGGAACGUUCUAUAGACCUCCAUCAGUAAGUCAAAUAAGGCCAUUUGACUCACUGGCAAAAACCGUUUCACCAACAACAACCACUACCACAGGAGCUAUUUACACAACAUCCAUCACCAUAUUUACAACAGCAGCCACAUCGAAUGUUUCGACAGUCUCCGCAGCCGUCACGACUCCCCCAACCACACCAACAACAUCAGUGACAAGCACGCUAACAGCCAAGCCAACCUUUACGACAGUAAUGAGCGCUGUAUCAAGAGCAGAGGAAGGACUGUCAGAGAACGACUCCAUCAGCCCCGUCACACUCUCUCCGCCUCAAUCUCCAAGCUCCAGCGCAGACGAGCCCGGCCCUACAGACGCCAAACCCCUCUAUCAGAGACGGAGUUGGCGAAAGCAGGAGCUAGAGCAUCGAGAGGCCCAUUUUGUUUAAAAAAAUGCCCUCUUGUAUUGCUUGGUACAGCAUCCUAUAUGUGACGCUCAGAAAGUGACUGAUUCCUCCACAGGCCUCACAAGGUCAUUUUAAUGGUCUAGUAGAUCUGUCUACGGCUUUAUGUGUGUGUAUUUGUAUGUAAACUGUCGUUUUUGUGCCAUACUGUAUAUAUGAAAAUUGUUUUAAUAUCCCUUUGAGAAAGGGCAAAAAUAUUAGGAGAGAGGUGAAACGUCUCUAUGAAAUUUUGUCUCUUCAAGCUACUAUUUGAGCCAGAAAUAUCAGCAGAGGUCCAAAACAUUUGCGACAUUCGCUUAUCCAUAAGUGAGCACUCUUUUAUGUUAUUUUCAGAUGUUGUUUCUGAACAUUUAUGCCAAAUGUGUCUUUUCUUAUUAUCUCCUUUAUAGUGAUGAGAUGAGACACUUCUAUAACAGUAAAUAAUCAGCUAUAUUAAUGUGUUAAUAAAGUCAAAGGUUGUGUAAUAAUUGUAUAAACUCAGAAGGAAUGUGUAUAGUAUUAUCUGUAAAUUCAUGCCAACUUGCUCAUUUUGAUGCACUUGCACAGCCUAACUUUUUAACAUGCAUUCAUCACUGCCCUUUCAUGAUGUAAUGCAGCCACUGCUGGCUGUUUUAUUUGUUUUAUAGUUUGUCUCUUGGAAACACUCCUGCUUGUGUGUGUUCUAGGCUGCGGAAGUGCAUCGGUUUUAUUUCAGAGUUAUAUAUGCAUUUGUUUACAUUUUUACACAUAACCUGCUGCCAUAAACACAUCUAUACCAACAAUUCUUGAAGACAUGCAACAUGUUUGCAGAUUAAAUAUUUAGUUAAAACUA